AUGACACAACACUCCUGGCCUGAGCUCCGGCUCGAUGACCCAAAGUCCUUCACCAAGGAAUAUGCAGAAGCGCUUGACGCGCAGGACCCUCUCCGCAAGCUCCGCGAAGAAUUCGUCAUCCCCACCCGCGCCGGCCUGAAGCGCAAACGCCUGGGUACCGAUGCCGGCGCUGUGGAAGUGAGCGAGACAAUAAAUGCUCUACUACCGGAGAAUGAGUUGACCUACCCGUGCACCUACCUUUGCGGCAACUCACUCGGCCUCCAGCCGCGCUGCACACAAGAAUAUAUCCGCAAGUACCUUGAUACCUGGGCCAACAAGGGCGUCUACGGCCACUUCCAACCGCUGGAGGAUGCCGUAUCCAAGCCAUGGGUGGAUAUUGAUGAAGAUGCCAAGGUUGAGACGGCCAAGAUCGUUGGAGCACAGCCGGAAGAGGUGGCUGUCAUGCAGACAUUGACGGCCAACCUUCACUUGCUGAUGGCCAGCUUCUACCGUCCGACCAAGGAGCGUUACAAGAUCAUUAUCGAAGGCAAAGCUUUCCCCAGUGACCACUAUGCUGUACAAUCCCAACUCCACCAUCACAACCUCCAUCCCUCCACCGCCCUCGUCGAGCUCAACCCACCAGACCCCGGCACUUCCUACCUGCCCACCUCCUACAUCCUCUCCGUCAUCGAUGCCCACGCCUCCUCGACUGCCCUGCUUCUUCUCCCAGGUAUUCAGUACUACAGCGGCCAGUUCCUUGACAUCCCCACCAUCACCGCCUACGCACAAGCCCGCGGCAUCAUCGUAGGCUGGGACCUCGCGCAUGCAGUCGGUAACGUGCCACUGAAACUGCAUGACUGGAAUGCCGACUUCGCCGCCUGGUGCAACUACAAGUACAUGAACGGCGGGCCCGGCGUCAUCGGCGGGCUCUUCGUGCACUCCAAGCACACCUCCGUCAACCACAGCCCCUCUCCCCCACCUUCCGACGACCAACCCGGCACCACGGCCAUCACCGCCGACACCCUCGGCUACCGCCCGCGCCUGAGCGGCUGGUGGGGCCACGACAAAUCCACGCGCUUCCAAAUGCGCUCCACCUUCGUCCCCAUCCCAGGCGCCGCCGGCUUCCAGCUCUCGAACCCCUCCGCGCUCGACACUACCGCGCUGCUCGCCUCCCUCUCCGUGUUCGCGAAGACUAGCGUGGCCGACCUGCGCGCCAAAUCCCUCCGGCUGACCGCGUACCUCGAGCAUCUACUAUUCACGCCCACGGGCGACGCAGACGCCAGGCCGUACAGCCUCAUCACGCCGCGCAACCCGGACGAGCGCGGCGCCCAGCUAAGCUUGCUGCUGCGGCCUGGCUUGCUCGAGCGUGUAAUGGAAGAGCUAGAGCACAAGGGUGUUGUCGUGGACGAGCGCCGGCCGGACGUCGUGCGUGUUGCGCCGGCGCCCCUGUAUAACGGGUUUGCGGACGUGUGGAGAUUCGUUGAUGUGUUCAGAGAGGCGUGUCGGAAGGCUGUUUUGGAGGCGGGGGUUGCGGUUGAGAAAUAG